CACUCGGCCACGAUGAAGUGCAGACUGCUGCAGCGAGACUUCACGGCCGUCUGGGAGAGAAACACAAACCCCACAGAAACAUGUUACAGGGGUGAAGGAGACGAGGAACCCGACAUCCUCACUGCAGAACUGCACACACUUCAGUGCGCAAGAACACAGCGGAACAGUGCGCAAGAACACAGCGGAACAGUGCACAAGAACACAGUGGAACAGUGCGCAAGAACACAGUGGAACAGUGCAGAACAGUGCGGAACAGUGCGCAAGAACACAGCGGAACAGUGCACAAGAACACAGUGGAACAGUGCGCAAGAACACAGUGGAACAGUGCGCAAGAACACAGCGGAACAGUGCAGAACAGUGCGGAACAGUGCGCAAGAACACAGCGGAACAGUGCGGAACAGUGCAGAACAGUGCGGAACAGUGCGCAAGAACACAGCGGAACAGUGCAGAACAGUGCGGAACAGUGCGCAAGAACACAGCGGAACAGUGCGGAACAGUGCAGAACAGUGCGGAACAGUGCGCAAGAACACAGCGGAACAGUGCAGAACAGCGCGCAAUGCCCUUCUCUUAUUUACUGCCUGCACUCGUCUCACACUGUUGUGUAUUUGCCGUGUUUGCACUAUUGUGUGUGCUGUUGUGUGUUACACCAUGGUCCUGGAGAAGUUCUCUAGGAACAGGAAUAAGAAUAUGAUCUCCCUGAAUGAGACACCAGUACAGGUUCUGACCCUUCAGACGAACACAGUCACAUCAAGGGGUCGCAGAUCAUGCUGCAUACUGCCAUGUUGUUUGGAGGUGGGAGGAAACCUGAAACUUGGGGAGGAAACCCGGGUUCUUGGGUGUGAUGUGACAAUGCUUUCCUAAAACACUAAAUACGAAAUGGAAUUGUAUCUCUCUCUCACACACACACACACACACACACACACACACACACACACACACACACACACACACAAACACGUCUUUUAAUUAACAUUUACUUGGCAUGAGCAUUUACAUACAAUAUUGCCAGAGAACCAGUAAAAGAAUAAAAACAAUCACAUUUAUUAUGAA